GUUGCGAUGAACAUUUACGCGCUAACGUUUCGCGGGAAAACAUUCCGAACGGAAGUAUGUCUCAUUUGAAAAUUCUACGCGGGAAUUUAGCGCGCCAAAUUCUAAACAGUUUAUAUCCUAAUACAGAAUGCAAAAAAAAUAACGCAUAUCAAAUUGUUUCGGUUGUUCGAAAUUUAAAUCGUAAUUUAGCGACUAAAACCGCAACAGUAUUAGAGCAAAAUGUGUUAAGUUCGCCGUGGGGUGAAAUCACCCAUGGAAAAGAAACACUGACAGAACAUGUUUUUAAGGAUAUUGAAUUAUGGUCAGAUGCUCCUUGCGUGACAUGCGGUGCAACAGGGCGUUCCUACGAUUAUGGAAUGAUGCGUAUGAUGGUGGAACGCUGCGCCUGUGCCCUUGCUGGGCAUUUAAAAAUGGCGCCGGGUGAGAGGAUUGGCCUCAUUUUGCCAAAUCUGCCGGAGUUUGUGGUUCUCAUACAUGGAGCUAUGAGAGCUGGAUUAGUUGUUACUUUCGCUAAUCCUUUAUAUACAGCAGAUGAGGUGCGACGCCAAUUCUCUGACUGCAACGUAAAGGCGAUCGCAACAAUUGAGAUGUUCAUGCCGGUAGCUCAGGAAGUCAGCAAGUCACUCAAAGACUACAAGGGAACCAUCUGGGUUGGAGGCGACGAUGAUACUGCUAAAGGCAUACAUGGUCUUCGGUCACUCCUAAUGGCUGACUACGAUGCGGACCUCCCCACUUUAAACUGCGACGAUGUCUGCUUAAUUCCUUACUCCAGUGGCACAACUGGCUUACCUAAAGGAGUUAUGUUGACACAUAAGAAUUUAGUGUCGAAUUUGAAACAAGUUCAAGCUCCUAAGAUGAUGAAAUACGAAGGAGAAAAGGGUAAAGGUGAUGUUGUUCUAACUGUACCGCCGUUUUUCCAUAUCUACGGGUUUAAUGGAAUUCUGAACUAUAAUCUAGUCUUAGGAUACCAUAUCGUGUCCAUACCAAAAUUCACUCCAGACGACUACAUCAAAUGUUUAGUCGAAUACCAGCCGACGACGCUCUUCGUAGUACCAUCUCUACUGGCCUUCCUAGCCACACACCCUAUGGUUAAGAAAGAACAUUUGCAAUCAGUAGAGACUAUAAUGGUCGGUGCUGCUCCCACAACCGACAGUAUGUUGGAAAAGUUUUUGCUCAAAUGCGAGAAAACCAAGGAUCAAAUAAAGCUGCUUCAAGGGUACGGCAUGACGGAGAGUUCGCCCGUGACGCUGAUGACGCCGUACGAGUACCCGUACAACAAGAUCGGCUCGGUGGGGCAGCUCGUGCUGUCGACGCAGGCGCGCGUGCUGUCGCUCACGUCGGGCGAGGCGCUCGGCCCGCACCAGUCCGGCGAGCUGCUGCUGCGCGGCCCGCAGAUCAUGAAAGGUUAUUGGAAUAAUGAAAAGGCAACCAAGGAAACUGUAGACAGCGAAGGAUGGCUGCACACUGGUGACGUAGCCUACUACGACGACGACCACUACUUCUACAUCGUUGACCGCACCAAGGAACUGAUUAAAGUCAAGGGUAAUCAGGUAUCACCAACCGAAAUAGAAAGUGUGGUCAUGGAAAUGCCUGAAGUUGCCGAUGUAGCAGUAGUUGGCAUACCUGAUUCACUUGCAGGGGAAGUCCCGAAAGCGUUUGUCGUCCUGAAACCGGACCAAAAACUUACAGAAAAACAAGUAUACGAUCUUGUUGCUCAAAAACUAACUAGGUACAAGCAUCUUGAAGGAGGUGUUGUAUUCGUAGAUGCAAUUCCACGCAACGUAGCUGGAAAAAUCAUGCGUAAUGAACUUAAAGUAUUAGGAAAGAAGAAAUAAAUCUAAUAACACAAUCAAUUAGAUAGUAUAAUUAUUAAUGUAAAUAUGUAGUAGUAAUUGUAUUCCAUCAGUAGUGCCACAGUGUGAUUGUAUCUUGUAAAUGCGUGGAUAAAUGUAGUUAGGUUGAAUUCUUAAAUACAUUUUAAUGUAUAUAGAAUAUUAGGUAAGUACUUACUUAUUUAUGUAGAUAUCAUAAAAUUAUU